UCCGGAAGUGUCCCGCUUGUUGUGAACUGUCUCUCCGUUGGUCCGUUCUUCUUCCUGCUGGUUCGAAUGGCGGGUUCUGUGGGUCCGGGUCGGACCGGCUCUGGGUUCUGCUGCUCUGCGGUGCUGCUGCUGCUGCUGGCGGCCGGACCUGGACGCGUCCGGGCCGUGUCGGAACCGGGGAAGUGGACGGUGGACGUUGGUGAGAACCAGAAGCCUCAGUACUUCGUCUUCAGGAAGACGCUGUUCAAUGGCAGCACCAUCCACCUGCGAGCUAUUCCUCAGAAUUGCUCCAUGUCCUCAAAAAUGGAAGUUUCCUGGUACCUGAGGAACUCCCACUGCUACAACGAGGUCUACAACAAGAACCUGAACCCAGAGAAUUACUUCAACUCAGACUUGGUGGCAACAGAGGGGCGGUCGGGGGCCAUGGUGAAGCACACCCACGAGCCAAUCAGCUGCCAGAUAAAGCCCCACAUUUUCAGCGUAGCGCAGUUCGACCCGCCCACCCCGCUGAAGAACCCGCCUCCACCUUCAACAUCUUCGUCUGCGCCGGAAAAGACUGGGAGGAAGAAGAGAGAAGCUAAGAAACCAGAACCAAAGGGUGCUGGUGGCUCCUCUAAUCAGACCGACUUUGACAUCGUGGCCCAGUCCUGGGAAGACGGACCCUACAUGUUCAUCAUCAAGGUCCAGAAGACCGGAACCAGGCCGUGGAGACUGCAGCUUCAGGUCAGCAUGAAGGGACCUCAUGGCUUCAUCUCAGCCACUGAGUGGCCUCUGAUGGUGUUCUACAUGGUGAUGUGCAUCGGGUAUGUGCUGCUAGCUGUGCUGUGGCUGGUUCUGUCCGCCUGCUACUGGAGAAGCCUGCUUCGGAUCCAGUUCUGGAUUGGUGGCGUCAUCUUUCUGGGCAUGCUGGAGAAAGCCGUGUACUACGCCGAGUUCCAGAGCAUCAGCUAUGAGGGCGUAUCAGUCCAGGGGGCGGUGGUGUUUGCCGAGGUGCUUUCGGCCGUGAAGCGGACGCUGGCCAGAGUUCUGGUGAUCAUCGCCAGUCUGGGAUACGGAAUCGUCAAGCCAAGGCUGGGUGCCCUGUUGCACAGAGUGGUCGGCGUCGGCUUGCUCUACCUGCUCUUCUCCAUCAUCGAGGGAGUCUUGCGGGUCCACACGGAUCGGGGGAACGACGACCGGAGCCUGAUAGUGUGUGACGUGGUUCUGGCUCUGACCGACUCCUGCGUUGUCUGGUGGAUCUUCGUGAGCCUGGCUCAGACGAUGAAGCUGCUGAAGCUGAGGAGGAACGUGGUGAAGCUCUCUCUCUUCAGACACUUCAGCAACACGCUCAUCUUCGCUGUCAUCGCUUCUGUGAUCUUCAUCAUCUGGACGGCGAAGAACUUCACCAUGUCCAAGUGUCGCUCUGAUUGGAGGGAAGUCUGGAUCCAAGACGCUUUCUGGCGCUUCCUGUUUUCUGUCAUCCUAUUGGUCAUCAUGUUCCUAUGGCGACCGUCGGCCAAUAAUCAGAUGUACGCCUUCAGCCCCCUGGUGGACGCGGACAGUGAGGACGAGGAGGAGAAGGAGCCCAUGAUGAACGAGGCUUUUGAGGGGAUGAAGAUGAGGGGGACAAAGACGGAGACCAACGGGACGGCCAGACCCAACAAAGUGGAUGAAGAUCUGAAGUGGGUGGAGGAGAACAUCCCGUCAUCGAUGGCCGACAUAGCGCUGCCCCCUCUGCUGGACUCAGACGAGGAAACCCAGACCACGAAGCUGGAGAUGUCAAAGAUGGAGUAACUGGGCAGAUGGAGAGACAGCUGGUGUUUCUAACUGGACAUGAUGAAGAAGUGGAGGAUAGAGGGAUGGAGGAUGGAAGAUGGAGGACGGAAGGAUGGGAUAGAGGGAUGGAGAACGGAGGAGUGAAGAGUUUUUCUGGUUUUCCUCUGAUUCUCUCCUGGCUUUAUGAACUUUGUAAGCGUUUCACUGGGAGCUGAAUCCAAUCAUUCUGUGUAUUUAUAAUAAUGAUCUGCUUUCUGCUUCCAUUGUUGUUGCGCAGCGGCGCCGCCCUGCUGGACGUUUGUCUGGUUAUCUUUUAUAUUUUUUGCAUUUUGAAUUGGUGUUUGGAUAUUUUUCCUUCUCUAAAAGCCAAAGGGACAAACCAGAUAGAGAACUCACGAGGAAUUAUUGACUUUUAUUUUAUAAAGUUUGUCUGUUUCAACCAAUAAAGUUUUAUUUUCACCUGA